CCGUCUCCUGUUCUGACUACUGGCUCAUCCCUGACCAUCCUUCUGCCUGAUCCUCUGUACUGCGCUGUCCGUGAGUUACUGAACCCGGCUUGUGACCUUGACCAUUCUCUGCCUGCUCCUUUAUACCUUGCUGCCCGCACGUUGCUGACUUGGCCCGUCUGACCACGCUCACUACUUUGCCAUCCAUCCAUCCUGCACGGAUCCAGCCCAGUCGUCCAUCCAUCCCGCUCGGAUCGGGAUCUGUCAUCCCAUCCA